UGAAGAUGGCGGACGAGGAGGCCGAGCAGGACCGUAGUCCUGAGAACGGUAUCAGUGAAACGAUUUGGGAACUCAGACAACGGUUGCAAGAACUGCACGAAGUCGUGGUUAGGGAAAGCGAAGACUCGCCGGUCCAGUCCUCUUCCACGUAUUGUCAGGAGUUUUGUAGGACACUGCUUGAGUAUGCAGGGCGUUGGAAGACAGAGGAAGAGCCUCUGCCUCUGGUGGAAGUGUACAUAGUUGCCCUGCUGAGUUACGCCCAGGCCUCUCCAUACCUCUGCCUACAGUGUGAAAAUGUUCCUCUUGUGGUUGAGAGGUUGUCACUGAGUUUCGUGGAGCUUCUGCUCUCGUUGAAGGUGGACGUUCCAGAUGGCUUGUGGAAAGAGUUCAAGUCAUCUGUGCAGUUUGCUCACAAUAAGCUGCAGGAGAAUGGACUCACUCAGCUGUCCCUGCUCGCUGCUCUGGGUCAAUAUGACGGUGUUUGGACCAACAGGAUCUUGCAAGGCCUUCUGUCCAACGAAAAACUACAGGCGGAACAAGUUGAGGAGUUCCUGGUGCAAGAGGGACAGGUCCUGUUGGAGAUGAGAGUGAAACAGCUAAUGAAGGAGAAGCAGCUGGGGAAGGCUGCACUGCUGGCAAAGACGUGCUCGGAGUCUCCUGCUUUCCAAGGGAAGGGACCUUUCAAGCAGAUGUACCUUGUCUGCCUUUGUGCUACCUCAGAACAGGAUCAGCUCAUGGAUGAGCUUUCAAAGGAGGACUGCCGUGACGCAUUAGAGAUGAUCUGCAAUCUGGAGUCAGACGGAGACGAGACAGCAGCUUUUAGCCUAUGCUCAGCCUUCCUGAGCCGACAGCUUCUCCAAGGAGAUACAUACUGUGCUUGGGAGCUCACUCUGUUUUGGAGCAAGCUGCUGAAGCGAUUGGAGCCAUCAGAGCAGGCCUUCCUUGACAAAUGCCGCAAGAUGUCCUUACUUUCCAAAACCGUGUACCACAUCCUGUUCCUCAUCAAGGUCAUCCAAUCAGAGAUUGACAGCGUUGGACUACCUGUGUGCAUUGAAAUGUGCAUAAGGGCUCUGCAGAUGGAAUCAAAUGAUGGAAACACCAAGGCCACUGUGUGUAAGACUAUUUCCUGUUUGCUUCCUACUGACCUAGAGGUCAAGCGAGCCUGUCAGCUGACUGAGUUCCUCCUGGAGCCUACAGUGGAUUCAUACUACGCAGUGGAGACUCUUUACAAUGAACCAGAUCAAAAGCUAGAGGAGGAGAAUAUGCCUGUUCCCAACUCGCUGCGCUGCGAACUCCUGCUGGUUUUUAAAACCCAGUGGCCUUUUGACCCAGAGUUCUGGGACUGGAAAACACUCAAGCGUCAUUGUCUGGCACUGAUGGGUGAAGAAGCUUCGAUAGUGUCAUCCAUUGACUUACUGAAUGAUACUGAGAGCCCCGAAGAAGAGGAGGACGUCCUCAGUCAGGAGGGGUUUAAGAAUAUCCCAGACCAUUUAGUCAGUGGAACGUAUGAACUAAAAGACAUCACAGACAAGAGACAGAAAAACAGAGAAAUGAAGAAACUUAGAGAAAAAGGUUUCAUAUCUGCCAGGUUCAGAAACUGGCAGGCGUAUAUGCAGUACUGCGUGCUGUGUGACAAAGAGUUUCUCGGCCACAGGAUUGUACGCCAUGCACAGACUCAUCUGAGCAGUGGAGUAUACAGCUGCCCUAUAUGUGCGCAAACCUUUACCUCAAAAGAUACGUUGAUUCCUCAUGUAACAUCACAUGUUAAGCAGUCGUGCAAGGAAAGGCUAACUGCAAUGAAAACAAACAGGAAAUUGGCUAAUCCCAAAACAGCUGCCCCGGUUAUCGCAGCGCUGAAGGCCAAGACAGAAAACAAACUAAAUGAAAAUGGUGAUUCCCUAGGGCAGAAUGGGGGGUUGAUUACUAACGUUCAGGUCAGAGUGGAAAGGUAUAACAUAGAGAGUAGUGAGGAGAAUGUGUGCCCUGUUGGAAAAUGCAGGAGGAGUUUCAAAUUUUUCAAAAACCUCAUUGCACAUGUUAAAGCUCAUGGCGACGACGAGGAAGCAAAGAGUUUUCUUGAAAUGCAAAGCAAAAAGGUCGUUUGCCAGUACUGCCGCCGCCACUUUGUCAGUGUCACCCAUCUUAACGACCAUUUACAGGUCCACUGUGGUGUGAAGCCUUACAUCUGUAUACAGCUGAACUGCAAGGCAAGUUUCGUGUCCAACACUGAGCUCCUUAUACACAGGAAAACGCACACUGUUUUUAAAGCUAGAUGCAUGUUUCCCAAUUGUGGAAAGAUUUUCAAUGAGGCCUUCAAACUCUAUGACCACGAGGCACAACAUUACAAAACUUUCACGUGUAAAGCGUUGGACUGUGGAAAGGUAUUCCAUUCACAGCAGCAGCUGGAUUUGCACCAGGAGGAGCACGCCACUCGAGAGGAAAGCCCAUCUUCUGAACAGACGUCACAAAAUACACAGCCUGGCCCUUCACUCAUUGAACAAAUGCUUUCAAGUCACAGUGCCCUUAAACGAGAUGAUUACCAAGAGACCUGGAACACUGAAAGUGCUGAUCCAGAUCAUGGAAGGCUGCCGGUGUCCAUUGAGAGUUUGCUGAAGUCUUCACCAGCACCCGUGGAAACCUUUGGACAGUAUAAAGUCAAACAUGAACCAGAAAAUACACCUUUCUCAACCAGUCAGACGCCCGUUUUAAAUCAUUCUGUGAUUCAGCCUGUGAAUUCCCACUUGUCUGAUCCUGAUAGUCACAGAGAUGGUUCAGCUGCUCAUUCUUUCGAACAUGUGAGACCACCUCAACAGAAUCAACCAGUACAUCCAUUUGAACCAAAUUUAGAUAACGUGUCACUUAGCUGUAAUACACACAUCUUACAAGAGCAGCCACAAAUGUUUCCCAGUAAUGUGAAUACUGGAUCAAUGAGUUACAACUCUGACUGCAACCUGUCAUGUCCACCACAACAGCGGCCAAUGUGUAGCGGCAACCUUUUAACAGUAUCAGCACCCCAGAAAUCCACAGAGCCAGCAAUGUCACAACCACUUCCUCCAACGGUAACCCCUCAGCCACUUGUGGGGAACAGACCAGAGAACUGUGUGCCGUCCUCUACUACCACAGGUGCCACCGCAGGACAGAGAGAGCGAUUUCACUGUGCAUUUGAAAUGUGUACAAGACACUACAGCUCCUACAGAAGUGUCACCAAGCACAUGAAGGCGGUUCACCCAGAUUUCUACGAGCAGUGGAAAGUUGCUCGAACUAAAAUCAAGAUAACCUACACAUCAGCACCAAGCACGCCGUCUGUCGGACAUCUCAGUUCAGUCUCCUCACUUCAGAAUCAGCACGGCAACAAACUGCCAGUUCAUGGAGUUCAGAGGCAGAAUGUUAUCCAGUCACCUCCUUAUACUAACAUGGGUACAAGCUCGAACUUCAAUACUCUGCAUUCCCAUUCUUCAUCUGCCCACAACCACAAUGCUUCGCUCCUGAUGGAAAAUGUUUUAAAUCCCAUUGUUCUCUCUCAGUUAGGAACGGAUACCAAUCCAAUAACUACACAGUCUCAAGUUUCUGGUAGUCAAAAUUGGCACUCAGCACCUGGAAGUGAACAAAUGCAAAACUGUGGCCCUCCCCAAGUCUAUCCAUCUAACUUGCAGGCGAUGCCUCACGUCAAUUCUAGCAGCUCUGCUCUGCCGCUCAGUGUCCCAUCUUGCUCUAUGAUUGGAUCGACAGUCAACAGAGGAGCAGAGUCCAUGCAGUCACCGCUUAUGGAAAAUGGGCCCCAGUCAGUUUUCACCUCAUGCAUGAAUGGUGCAAAGGAAAUGUCACAGCAAGCGGAAGACCUCCUUCCACCUUAUACGUCACAGAUGCAAAGCAGCUUAGUCCCAGGUGCUAAGACAGCAGACAAAACGUCACUGCAAAAUCAUGUACAGGCCAAUUUUCCCUCUCCAGACAGCGCAGGCCAAAACAGCAGUGACAGCCAACCUCAGAAUGGCCCGGGCAUCUCUGACAACAACCCGGAAAAUCAAAAGAGAGCCAGAAGAAACAAAAGAACCAAAUGGCCUGCUAUUCUUAGGGAUGGCAAAUUUGUUUGUUGCAGGUGUUUUAGACAGUUUAACAGUCCAAAAUCCCUCGGAGGUCACUUGUCCAAACGUGCAAUCUGCAAACCGUACGAAGAGUCGGAGCUGAACACAGACCUGCCAACAUCAUUUCUUGACCUCCUCAAUUCAGAGCAGACAGUUAGCACCUCGCAGCCACAGCUCUCCUAUAAUCCUGCUGCUGUGUAUCAGGAAAAGCCUCAUCAGUCAGUAGCAGGUGCUUCGACAGCCACAAAAGAUUACCCCACUGCCAAUUAUGCACAGGAGAAUCUGUCAGCAUAUGGGAAUGGUGAGUCAAAUGAUGACAUCCUGAAACAAAUCAUGGCCGAAUCCAACAUGUCCGAUCUUUUUGUGCCCACGCCUGCUCCCCAGCCAUUGUUUCAAAACCCUUGUGUUCCCUAUGGAGGCAGUGAGCGUUUGCUAGGGAACUCAGUCAUACAACGUACAGAUGUCCAGCUGAAAAGAGGGGAGGUGCAGGAGGACAACUCAUAUAGUACAACCCAUUAUCCUCAGCCAAGCAUUGAUACAUUUGCUGAAAGUGAGUUCCCUGACCCAUUUCUUUCUCAUAUCCUCACAGAAAACCCUUCCACUUCUGUUCUUGGCAGUGUUCCCACAAACCAUGUGACUCCUGGGGAAAUUCACAGCGAAGGGUAUCACUCUGAGACGACCAUUCAGACACCAGAUACAAAUUCAAACCCACUGACGCAAACAGUGCUACCUGACAGUCAAUUUAGUCCAGCAACCGCAAGCACCAAGCAGGCUGAGACACAAAGGAAGACUACUGAUCAGGACAUUAAAAAGAGACUGCGGGAGCAGAUUUUGGCUGGAGACUUUCAACGUAGAAACAGCUUGUGUUUUUCAGGCAAUACUGACCCCAGUGCCAAUUCAAAGAAUCCCAUGUCUUUUGGCCCAGUGUGUAGUCCUUCCAAUAAUUCUGGACUUCAUCUGACGUCUCGUGAUGCAAAGAGCGACUCAGGCAAUCAAGGACAAAUCAUUAAAGAAAACUCUGUAAACCCAGGAACCUCUGGUGACAUUGAACAACUGCUGAACACACACAGCUUUACUUGCUUCAGAGAGACCUCCACCCCACAGCAGGAGGUGCUCAGCCCCACAGGUAAUGUGGCAAACGAUGCAGAUCUUGAACCCGCUCAGUUAUCUGCCAGUCAGCAGCAGUGGAUGACAGAAAUUCAACGUGCAUUUGAAAAGCUCGACCUGGUCAGAGAAAUAUCUGAUCAGGUGUCAGCUUCUGUGAAACAAAACACAAAUAGUGCAAAUAUCCCGACCGGGCCCACCAAGGUCUGUCCGCGGAGCUUGACUUCGCCGACCUUUGUCAAGCCGUUUUCCUGUGAGAACGAGAACUGCACAUUUAGUUCUAUGUCAAGUGAAGCUUUUUGGAAACACCUGUCCAAAACUCACAACUACACACUUGAGAUGGUGAAUGUGGUUAAAAAAAGAUAUGGCCUGUACGCUCCCUUCAAGUGUCAAAUGUGUAGUAAAACUUUCACUCGUAACUCUAACCUUCGCACUCAUUACCAGUCGGCUCACAAAUUAUCAGCUACAGAAAUUGCAGAUCUAGAUAUGAAGCGCAGGCUGGCCAAAGAUGCUGCAUCUGCUGCCAUUCAGAAGUGGCCUGUUAGUACAAACCAGGUUCCACUGGCUCAGACUACAGUGGCAACUCAUCCAUCACUGGAGAACAGAGCACAUCUAUAUUCAGUCCAAGAUGCAGUAAAACGUGAAUACCCAUCACAGCCGUUCGUACCACACACUAACAUGCAUGUAACUAAUCCGAAAAUUCAAGAUGACAAUCGUUCCACAGUCAUUCAUCCCCAUCAAACAGCCCCCGUGCACAACCAGGCAGCGAUUCCACCGGCACAGGCCCAGACCUCCACAGGCCCUGUGUCACAGCAGUGUGCUAUUAACAGGCAGCCAAGCAUCGACAUUAGCAAGAAGACAAAGGAGAAGAAGCCCAACUCUGGUGAUGCUGUGAGUCCAUACAGGCCAUACCGCUGUGUUCAUCAAGGCUGUGUGGCUGCCUUCACCAUCCAGCAUAAUCUGAUCCUCCACUACAGAGCUGUUCACCAAUCCGCUCUGUCGGCGUUGGAGGUGAACAAGGAACAGGACCAAACUGAGGGACUGGAUGAAGUAACGGAACACAAUGAGGAGGAGCCAGAGGCAGAGAUCCCACAGAUCUCUGAAUUCAGAUGCCAAGUCAAAGACUGCUCCCGAGUUUUCCAAGAGGUUCCCAACCUUCUGCAGCACUACCUUCAGUUGCACGAAUUCAGUCUUGAGAAGGUUGGCAACCUCUUGUCCGGCAUCAAGCUCGGCAAGUUUGCUUGUGGCCACCAAGGAUGCACAGCAUCCUUCACUGCUCUCUGGAACUAUGUUGGGCACGUCAAAGAACAGCAUAAGGAUGUAAAGCUGGCCAAACCCGUACAGUUAAAUGGCUCCUUCAAGUGUGAAAUUGAAGGCUGUGAUCGUUCAUAUGCAACAAAGUCAAACCUGCUCAGACAUGUCAUGAAGAAGCACCAGGACCUGUACCAGUCUAAGCUAAAAAAUCAACAGAUCCAAGAAGAUGGGAUGAAACAGAACUCAAAGACUUUGCAUUACCAACUUACCAAGACAAGUAAUGGGAAGGAAAACAUUGAGAGCAAUAAAAAGAUCAUACAGAGGGGAAAUGACACAAAGAGAGUGAACAAGUCGAAAAACAAUCACUGGACAAAAUAUGGAAAACCCUCCUUGAAAUCUAAAGUGGAGGCAUCUGCAAUGUGCACGAAGAAAUUUCCUCUGCAGUACCCCUGUAUGAUCAAAGGCUGCGAGUCAGUCAUGAAAUCAGAGCGCAGCAUAUUGAAACAUUACAUGGGGCACGGGCUGUCGGAGAAGUAUCUGGAGCAGCAAAGGAGUCACUUCAUAUUCUGCAAGAAGGUCCCCAGGCAGAAGUGCCGCUCCGUCAGGAGCGACGACUCCAAGUCAGACAACACUUCUGACCUGUCAGACAAUGAGCUGACGGCAGACAGUGGCGUGGAGGGAGGAGGAGGAGGAGAAUAUGACUAUUCAAAGCCUGUCCUGCGCAAAAGGACCACAGCGAGAAUCCCCACCGCACUGUUCGACAGCAAAAUAUCACACGACGAAAGUUCCGACGGCUCAGUGGUACUCAAACGCAAACGAGGACGUCCGCGAAAACUGAUCGAAAAAAUAGUCAAACGCAAGAAAAUCCCACGCACGACCAAGAUGGACAUAGUUUACGACAAGGACGACGAAGAAUCGGACUCCUCUUGCCCAGCAAUACUGCAGGGGGACGUGACCGAGUCGAGCGCUCCUCUGGCCUCCUUUAAACCUAUGGGUUUUGAAAUGUCUUUCUUAAAGUUCCUGGAACAGUCCAAUAAAUCUGAACACGGCCUCACGAGGAAGGUGGAUGUGGCAGAAACGUGGAGAAAAACAUCCAGUCUGAACACCAAAGACAUCUGUGUCAGGUUCAGCAACCGUCAGAAUCUGAAAUCGCUGAGUAAGGUUAAAAUCAUCCUAGACGCCACCUUUUCGGGCGUCACCGACCUUAUGUUGAAGCAGCUGCAGGCCAUGCAGCCCACAGUGGUAUUAGAAAAAAGUGACUAACAGUCUUUUGUUUGUUGUUGUUUUUUUUUUUUUAAAAGCAGAAUCUCAGGACUUGAAUGAGUAAAAUCUGCUGCAGACUGGUGCCCUACAUAUGAAAUGGGGUUUUUUUUACACAUGCAGUAAAAGGAAAAAAAAAAAAAAAAGCAGUUGUUUGGAAUUAUACUGUAAUAUGAUCUGUACGAUUUGUCUUUUUUUUUUUUUUUUUUUAUAUAGAAAAGCGUAUAGCAUGUUUUUAUUUAUGGACUGUCAAAUCAUUAACAAAACAUUUUGCUGAUAAUUAAAACCUGGCAUAAGCUUCGGGUGUCUUAAUUAUCCCUGUGGGACUUACAGACAAAUGGAUUUUGAAAUGGGUUCUGUUGUUGUGUGUAGUUUGUGAUUCGAAGAUGUUGAUCCUUGUGCGUUGUGUAUAUAGUUUGAAAUCACCCACUGCCACCAGCAGUCUUACUAUUAAACAAACUUGUUUUUUUU